AUGGCGGAUGUAGGAGACGAUGAAACUCGACCGGCUCUCCCUUCAGCGUCCCGUAACGGUCCGAUCGUGGGCUCGGCGGCGGUCUCCGCGGGCCAGACCGCAGCCACGGUAACGUCAGGUCCGAGGGUGGUGAGGAUCGUCAAGUCGGAGUCCGGCUACGGUUUCAACGUCCGCGGUCAAGUCAGCGAAGGAGGACAGCUUCGGAGCAUCAACGGGGAACUGUACGCUCCUCUCCAGCAUGUCAGCGCCGUGUUGCCCGGAGGUGCUGCAGACCGAGCGGGGAUAGCAAAAGGCGACAGGAUCCUGGAGGUCAAUGGGGUGAGCGUCGAAGGUGCGACCCAUAAGCAGGUGGUGGACCUGAUCCGUGCUGGGGAGAAGGAGCUGGUUCUGGCUGUGCUGUCUGUUCCAGCUCAGGAGGCCGACGGGUUGGAAGGAGGAGAGGAUAUCCAACCCAACUACGACUACAGCGACAAGCAGGCGGUGCCCAUUUCUAUUCCCACAUAUAAGCAUGUAGAACAGCACUCCGAGAGGUUUGUGGUGUACAACGUGUAUAUGUCAGGCAGACAGCUGUGCUCAAAACGCUACCGAGAGUUUGCCAUCCUGCACCAGAACCUGAAGAGGGAAUUUUCAAACUUCAACUUCCCAAAGCUUCCCGGUAAAUGGCCCUUCUCCCUCUCCGAACAGCAGCUGGACGCACGCCGUAGAGGCCUGGAGGAAUAUCUCGAGCGAGUGUGCUCUGUGCGGGUGAUUGGGGAGAGUGACAUCAUGCAGGAGUUUCUCUCUGAAUCAGAUGAGAACUACAACGGAGUGACAGAUGUAGAGCUGCGGAUAGCGCUGCCAGACAAGACUACGAUCUCUGUCAGAGUCCGUAAGAACAGCACCACAGAUCAGGUGUACCAGGCAUUAGUGUUAAAGGUCGGAAUGGACAGUAUUAUGGCGAGCUACUUUGCCCUUUUUGAAGUCAUCAACCACUCCUUCGUCCGGAAGCUGGCGCCUAAUGAGUUUCCCCACAAGCUUUAUGUGCAGAAUUACACGUCGGCAGUGCCGGGGACUUGCUUAGCACUCCGCAAAUGGUUGUUCAGCUUCCAGGAGGAGGAGUUGCUCAGAGACAACCCGCUGGCGCUGCACUACUGCUUUCACCAGGCACUGGAUGAUGUGAAAAAGGGAUUCAUAAAAACAGAGGACAAAUCCUACCAGCUGCAGAAACUGGCAGAGCAGCGCAAGAUGGCCACGUACCUGAGCCUACUGCGAACAUGUGAGGGCUACAACGAGGUGGCCUUCCCCCACUGCUCCUGUGACUCCCGGAGGAAGGGCCACGUCAUCACAGCGAUCAGCAUCCAUCAUUUCAAGCUGCACGCUUGCACCGAGGACGGCACGCUGGAGAACCAGGUUAUAGCUUUUGAGUGGGCGGAGAUGCAGCGUUGGGACACUGAUGAGGAGGGGAUGGCUUUCUGCUUCGAGUACGCCAGAGGAGAAAAGAAACCUCGCUGGGUCAAAAUCUUCACCCCAUAUUUUAACUACAUGCAUGAGUGCUUUGAGCGGGUCUUUUGUGAGCUGAAGUGGAGGAAACAGGUGGAGGAAGAGGCAUCUGAUAAAGACAACAAAAACUGCAGUAACAACGAGUUUCUUCCUCCUCUGGAGACACAGCAGAAGGGAUGGCGCCACCUAGGGGGGGAGAUUGCAACUUCCUAAAACCGUUUGUCAUCACUUGAACUAGAACUGGUCCACUUGCAUUAUCACAGCCGCCCCAGAGAGCGCCCAUCGACAAAACACAGGACUGAGCGACAGACUGAGGCGAAUCCCUGCCCCGAAAACAAACUGGACGCGAUCGAUUUUUUUUUGGGAAAUUGGAGUAGUCACACCUAACCGAACCCAGGGACGCACCCAGUAAGAAGAGCAACGAAGGAAAAGCAGUCAGGUUUCAUGUCAUUUACUAGAUCUCCAUAGUGUAUCUGUUGUUUUCCUUCCAUGCGUCUGCCCGGUGAUGUGGAGCAGGAGAUGUGACGAAUCAUUACAGUGUGUGAAAGCUCAAGCUUACCAAAAGGGAGCACCUCAAUGAAACGCCACUUCACCCAAGAGCUGACUCCUGGGAUGGGAUUCAGUUCGUCCAACGCUCGGUCCAAACCCCGCAGCGUUGGCCUUACCUGCUGAGCUGAACUGAACUGGGAGGAAAAUAAGAAGGGAGGAUACAGAAGAAUGGGGUUUUCGCCCCCUCCACAGUUGGUGAUAAUGGAUGAAAGCAGAAUCAUGCUUUACACUGAUGCUGGACAUUAACACAAGAAGGAUGUUUUCUGUCUCUGGGGUCAUAAGUAUCCUGUCUGCGUCAGAAAACACAGGCAGCACAAAUGUAACUAAACGGAAACAGAUGUUGGAGUUGUGUUCAUAAUUGUUUGUAUGUCUAACAAUCUUACUUCUGAUAAAAUAUAGAUUAAUAUAAGAGCUAAAAUAAUUGGUUUCUUGAUCUAACACGGUGAAAUGCUAACUGAAUUACGUUCAAGCUGCUCUAACUGAUCUCCGUUUUUCAUCUUGUCUUCUGGUCUAAUCCACGCUACCGAGCAACGUCUGUUGGCAGUCGGCCAUUAAUGUCAGAAUGGAUAUUUAUUCCCCUCGCAAGUGUUUUAUUGUGGUGAUUUUGCAGAGGUUGUAAGUUGAGAGGAGGAAGGCUUCCUCAUUCGUUUAGCGCUGUGCGGGAAUAGUCUUUUGAACAAAAAAAGGUUGAUUGACCAAAGCGUAAAUGUUUUCUGAAACGUCACACCUUACGCACGGCGAAUCCUACUGACAGAUAAUGAAUUUAAGGACAGAACAGGAGAUGGUUUUGUGUCUGCUGAGCUGCAAUGUUCUGAGCAGGCAGCAGGGAGCAGCAGAGCGUAAGACCCACUCAGUGGUAUGUUUUGAGCAGAAAUAGAAAUCUUCUCAGAGCUUCUCAAAGAGUGAUCCCUCUGGCUCUGUAACUCACCCAAAAAGUAUCACUCCUCUGCAGAUUGUCCAUUAACCAAGUCAGGAGGAUAGACGGUGUGUGUGUUUGUGUGUGUUUGUGUUUCUAUGUGUGUGUGUGUGUUGAACAGGAAGCAGAUGGUGACUGCAACCACAGCUAUCCGCAUACAUAGCAAUGCAGCCGGUCCUCUGCCUCCUGCUGCACCUGAAUGGAUACAGUAUUAGUUAUGUGCGUGAGCUCAUGAUAUGUGAUUUAAGAUGGUUUUAUCUACAGUUUACUGUGCAGAAUUUUGUAUUUUUUCCUCCUAGAGAUUAUAGAUUUGAUUGUGUUUCUUUUUUUUUUAAUCUCUAGAUGUUGAGUUUGUCUCACCUGGAAUGCAUAGAAAGCAGGUUUACAUGCUGACAAAAAAAAGCUAUCCUUUGAAUGGAGGCAGUGGGCAUACGGUUAUUGAUAUCAGUUUCACCUCGAUGCAAUAGUUUUGUUUAUCCCAGUAAGGGCUACGAGUUUAUCUCAGCCAACUCAUUCCUGACUCAUUCUUGUGCUUCACUCGCCUUUUGGCAGCCACCAAAAACCUGAAAUCGAGAGCAAUGUUUUGUUUUUUAAAUCACACUAACUUUUGGAGCACAGAGUUUCACUUAAGCAUUAUUUUUUCUCGCUGUAGCUGAGGUUUUAGUUGUAAAAAGAUGUUUAUUCCGUGCCCAGGUUAAGCCGUAAUUUGCUUUCAGCGGGUUACCUUGGAGCGCGCUCAUGUGCGAGCGUGUCCUCUGUGUUUAUCAUUGACAUUGCUGAUAAGCUUUUAGGCUCUGAUUGGACGUGUCUGAUGAGCUGUCGGUGCGAGAGCCAGCAAAUGAAGAUGGGAUUUUGUAUCUGCAUGGCAGCGGAGACGCCAGACAGAUGGAGACAAAUGGGAAACGUCUCCUAUUGUCUAGCGAGCAUUCACAGCCAAUCACACGCUUUUUCAGCACAACACACACACAUUCACACACAUCUCCCUGCUACUCUGUGAGAAAAUUUUCAAGUGAAGCAUCAUAAGAUAUUGUAUUUGUCAUCCAGCUCCUGUCUCUGAGGACAGGGCUCAGUCAUACUACAGCUAAAAGCAAUACAUAGCACACUCUGGUAGCACAUCACAAGUAGCUGGAUUGAGAAGGAAAAUGCAACGUGCAGAUUGCAGGGUGGUCAUUUUGACAGCCGAAGUAAUAGCCAAUUUAGAGAUGGAUGACACAAGAAUUGGAGCUGUUCAACCAAGAUGCUUUUUUUUUUCUUUCUAAGACGUAGAGAGAUAGACAGAUAGAGGUUUUGCGAUUUUGUGUGUGCCGGCUCGUCUGUCCUCUGCCCUUACUCUCUCCAGGUUGGUCUCCCAUCAUCACAGGGGGAUGCGGUUGCCGUGGCAGCACCACGUUGGCUCAACACACUCAGUGCAGCCUCUGUUCCUUUUAUUCCUGUCUGCCAACUGACUCACUCCUCCCAAUAAUGUAUUCAAAGCAGUGUUUUUUACUGUUUGAUGUUUGUUCUCUGUCCCCGUGGCUCGUGCUGCUGUGAAUAGGCUUUUAGAAAGCUGCUUUCUGUUUUUUUUUUUUUUUUUAAAUAUGUUUUUGUGGUUUGGUUUUGUCUUGUCUGCGCCAGGUGCCAUCUUAUGCUCAGUCUAAGUCACAGGCAGGUGUGUGAUGCUGUCAGUUGUUGUCCGUUUCAGCCGCUCCGUCGCUGAGCUAAAUGUCAUAGUAACAGUGUUUAGGUGAAAGCAAAGAGAUGACGGGAAUGUUAAGAAGCACGUCUUUGUACAGCUGGCUCGUGUUUGGUAGUUUUUGUUUGCCAGUGCGUGCGGUGCUGUGGGCCACCUGUGUUUGUGUUUGAGUUUCUGGACGGCCAGGGCCUGUAAGUGAUGGAUUAUAUAUGCAAAGAAGAUGGAAUUUGUACGCAGGACUUAGCAGAUGUAAUGAAUGUUGGAUGGUGACAGUAAAAAAAAAAAGCCCACACAUGGGGCUCAGAAAGUAUGUGUUCGCCACUGAAAUGCUGAUCUAAAUGAUGCUGUUGCUUUUGGAACACAUCAGGUUUUCUGAGUCUCGUGCCAAAUCAGCACUGGUUUUCAUGACAUCGUUCAGUGGCAGAUACUGUGUAAGGUCUGUACUAUUCAUUUGAAUUCUGCUGCAUUUCACAAGGCUCAUACUCCAGUGUCUGAAGUGGCUUUUUGUGACGCUGCUCAGCCGCCCUUUUUUGGGUUUUUUUACACUUUGGGUUCAGUCAGACCCGCUGCGUUAGUCUCAUCCUCAGCACUCGAUGUCCGUCAACCUCUGGAACGCACAUCUGGCUCAUCUGGCUCAGAGCGCAUUCGCUGCUGGCUUUUCUCUUUUUUUUUUAGCUGACGUGUCCAACCUAUGACUAAACUGAAGGGUGGAUGUAAGUGCUGUUUAAAAAAGUGUUCACCUUCGUGUAAUUAAUUUCUGUUCAUUGCUUCGAAAGACGGGCAAGUAGGCGGCGACAUUAAUUACAAACCUAAGCCUCGUUUGUCUUCAGCAUAACCUGUAAAUAGUUGUUUUAAAAGAAAAAAGAAUAUCCUUUUGACAAAAAAAAAAAUGCACUCUUGUUUCUCCAACUCAGAACCUUUAUUUAUUUAAACAGAAAUUUUAAAGAUUGGGGAAAUUCUAGUGUACAAUGUUAGAGCCACCAUCGAUCAUGAAUUUUGUGUGCGGAAGUACGGAGGAUUAGAUAAACACGAUGAAACAAGGUGUUUAAAAGCGAAGCGGUGUCUCAUGCUACUAAGUGUGUAAAGACUUUAACACCUUGAGGCUAAAAAAAAUGGAGAGUUUUAUAUCUUAAAAACACCCAUGAAGGUUUACUAACCAGUAUAAGAAAAAGGAAAAGAGUUUUAAAAAUGUUGUGUAGAGUAAUAAAUUGUAACAAUAUUUUAAAUAAAGUUAUAUAUUGGGAAAAA